GUUGUGUUUUUAGUGUGUGAGUGAUGAACUUUGGCAGUGAGUUUGUUUACGUGGGUGUUGACGAGGAUGAGGAGGUGCCGGACGACUGGAGCACUGGCUCCGAAGAUGAGGCCGACGUCUCUGAAGAUGGUGUGCCAGUACUGCUGGAUAUCUUAGACACCGCUGGCCAGGAAGAAUAUUCUGCUUUUAAAGAGCAGUACAUGAGAACCGGUGAUGGAUUCUUCAUCAUAUACGACAUCACAAACAGAAAAUCGUUUACAGAAGCCACUGCAAUGUUUCGGUGGCUGCAGCGAGUUACUGGAGAAGACCACCCCCAUGCUAUUCUCUGUGGUAAUAAAAGUGACUUGGAGGCUUCCCGUGUUGUAGAGAAGAGAGAAGGCGCUGCUUUGGCCCAAACUCAGAGUGUACCUUUCAUUGAGACAUCAGCCAAGACAGGAGAGAAUGUCACAGAGGCGAUGGAAACGCUUGUGAAGACUCUCCCUCGUGCAAGUCAUGCUUACAAGAUUGUCAUGCUUGGCACAUGCAGUGUAGGAAAGUCUUCUGUUACAAUCAGGUUUGUGCAGAACAUGUUUGUUGACAAUUAUGACCCAACCAUAGAAGAUUCCUUCAGAAAGAUGGUCAACAUCAAAGGUCUUGCACCAAUUGAUUCUGAUGCCAGGGCUGCCAAAAAGGAGAAGAAGAAAAAGAAGAAAUCAAAAGCUACACCAUCACCGCCAUUAUCUUAUGCAAGUCCAAACAUGCUGUGUUCAAAUAUUGAUCCAGCCAUGCAGGGUUCAUUUGCAAAACAGAAGUCUGUAGAGCCUGCAACCCUACCUGCUGCCAGGAAUCUUCAAUGCAAGAAGCUGGAUGGUAACAUAGUGCAUGUUGCACUGGGCGAGCUGGCCGAGGAGCCCAAGCUGGUCACUGGAGACCCAGUCCGGUGUAGUCGGUGUAAAGCUGUGCUCUGCAGUACAUCAACUAUUACCGGGGAAGGUGGUGACAGGGUCUGGAAAUGUGAGUACUGCGACAAUGAGAACAAAAAUAUUGACAUCACUCAGGAAGAGAUUCCAAAAGAUGACAGGUUUGACUACAUGUUGUCACCCCCUGAUGCUGAAGCAAAAACAGAGGAAACUGGUUCUGCAGAGAAACCUGCCAAGCUGGAUAAGAAACCUGGUAUCAUCAUCUACUGUAUGGAUAUCAGUGGGUCUAUGGACAGACGUGUUCAAGUAUCUGAGAUGCAAGCUGCGUGGCGUCAGGAGAGGACUGGGGAGAGAGACAGAGUUAACUCUGUGAGUCGCUUGGGUUGUAUCAAACACGCCGUGCAAAGAUUGUUGGAGCAACUGAAAGUUGAGCAACCUGAAAAGUCUGUUAUGUUGGUUACAUUUGGCUCUGAAAUUCGCAUACAUGGAGAUGGGUCGGAAACACAGGAUUCAUUUUAUGGAUCAGCAGCAGAAUCAAGUGAUUUUGACAGGCUGAUACAAAAGGGUAUAUCUUCUACCGAAAAGUUUCAGUUGAGAACGCUGGCUGAAGCUUACAAUGAUUUGUAUAGAACAGUUGGUGAUCUUAGCACAACAGGGUGCACACCACUGGGUCCAGCUCUGACGUUCUGUGUUGGCUUUGUUAGCAAAAUGCCCGGUUCAGAGGUCGUGCUCUGUACUGAUGGCAUGCCAAACGAAGGUAUUGGAUCUCUACAGGGCCAUGGUCAACAUGGGCAAAAGUUUUAUGAAAAGAUUGGCCAAUAUGCAAGGUCAAAGGACGUGAUUAUUAAUCUUUUAGCUGUGGGAGGGGAACCAGUAGAACUUCAACACGUCAGUAAGUGUGCGACUGAAUCUGGUGGAACAGUGAACACGUUGAACCCAUUGGAAAUAGUGCGACAGCUUCGACUGAUUGCACAGAACGCCGUUGUAGCUACAGGAGUCAAUGUGACGUUCUUACUGCAUCCUUCAAUGGUCUUUAUGGAGGAUGGGUAUCCUUCUGACAUGAGUCGCCUGGUGAAAGAAGUUGGUUCUGCGUUGAAAGACACAGACCUGACAUUCAGAUUCAAGACAAAAAGCAAUGAACAGCUUAAUGUCUCUUCAGUCCCUUUCCAGGUCCUGAUUGAGUACACUCGGAAAGACGGCAUGAAGUGUUUGAGAGUCUUGUGCAAGAGUCACACAGUCACAAAGGACAGGAAAACCAUGGAAGAGGCUUUGGACAUGGCAGUUGUUGGUUUGGAAGCCAUACAAAGCACAGGCCAACUUUUGAAGAAUGGAAAGGCUGAAGAAGCUAAAGCUAACAUAAUAUCUGCAAAACGUGUGAUGUAUCGUAACUGCAAAACCUCGAGCCAAAAAGAGGAUAAGUACACAUUUUCCAGAAAUGCUGAUAAAAUUCUAGAAGACUUGAAUGAAAAUGCAUCAGACUGGGCUGCUGGAGAGUUAAACGACUUUUCAACUUGUGUUCGCACAGAUGCAGUGGCGAUGUCUAUGUAUAAAGUAAAGGGAGCAAGUCGCAAAGUUAAAGUAGUUCAGACACGGCAUGCAAAGUCUGAAUACCGGGAUAUAUAUGAAGACUAUUAUGAUGAUUAGACGUACAUACUUUGUAAUUAGUUCACAGAAGUAUAGCUUUGAACAUCUUGUUACAGUUUACGUUUAUCUCGGCACAUUUUUUUAACAGGACACUUGACUUAAUUUUCACAUUUAGUUAUCAGCAUGUUUUGUGAUUAGUAUACAUGAAUUAACAGCACAUAAUUAUUUUGUAAUAUUUUACAUUUUAUAAUCAGUAUAUUUUAUGAUCAUUAUUUGUUCAAUAUUUUACAUUUUAUCAACAGCAUAUUUUGUGAUCCAUGUGCAUUACCUAACUGCACAUAAUUAUUUUGUAACAUUUUGCAUUUCAUAAUCAGCAUAAUUGUUUUCUGUUUAUAUGUCCAUUAUAUAGGGAUUUAAGAAUAAAAUAUGUCUCCAAAAUACAGGUGUCAUCCCAGUAGAUUAAAAAUGAUAAUUUUAUUAAAUACAGAAUGUCAUACACAGAAGUGGAAUCUAAGUAAAUUUAUUUGUGAAGCACUUAGAAUUUGGGAAGUAUUCUGUAAUAGUUAAUUCCAGUCAUUUGGUUAGUAUGCAUAGAUAUUAUGAUUGAUCUUCAUAUUUCAUAUGUAUGUGUUGAUGUCUGCGCUACUCUUCUUGUAACAAGGUGGUCAACCCUAACAAUGAAAAAUAAUAAAUAAUAAUAAUAAUAAUAAUCAGCAUAAUUGUUAUCAGUAUACAAAACAUAACUGCACAUAUAUGCAAAUUUCACAUUUUAAAAAACAUACUAGUAUUUUGUAACAGUAUAUAUGACUUAACUGCACAUACUUAUUUUGUAAUAGUUUACAUUUCAUGAUCGGCAUAUUUUGUGAUCAGUAUGACUUAACUGUACACACUUUGUAAUAUUUUACAUUUCAUAAUCAGCUCUUUUUUAUAAUCACUGUACAAGAUGUAGCCCGAUCCAUUCAGUUUUUAAAAGUAUAUAAUAUACCAGACUCGUAGGAAUCUGGGGCUGAGAAGGGGCGGACUAUGCCCUCUUGAGACCCAGUGCAUAUAGUCCUACUCUAUGUAAAAACUAAAAGCACUUGUGUAAGCCUACCCUCUCGCUAUAACAUGUCCCCCCCCCCCCCCAAUCAUAUCCUACAAGCCUGUAUAUGAAUAAACACUUUUAUAUGUUCUCAGUUACCAAAACCUUUAUAUACAGUUUGUUUAAACAUUGUUUAUUAACUGUUUUUGUGCAAAUGCGAAGACUUGCUCAGCACUGAUGGGGAGGGGUACUGACCGUAUCAUACACUUAUGUAUUUACUAUUAAAUAAUAAGAAAAAUAUUUUGGACUUUAAAAUGUUGGUGUUUAUAGUGAAUUGGAGCGGGACAUAGUCCAGUGGUAAAGCGCUCGCUUGAUGCGCGGUCGGUUUGGGGUCGAUCCCCG